AUGACGCUAGGGUUGUUAUUAGGGAUCGGAAGAGCAUUCCGAAGAAAGAGAGCUUCUUCGCUAGACAUUCUCUCCCCCAAACGAGCUCCCAGAGACUUCUACAAGGGCAAAAACUGCAAACCUUCCGGUUUCCACACCCGAAAAGGAGGAUAUGUUGUGCAGACGGAUAAAUUGCCAAACUAUGUAGUCCCUGAUCUCACCGGCUUCAAGCUGAAACCAUAUGUAUCUCAGUGCCCUGUCCAAGUCAAAGCAUCUGAAGCUUCUUCCAAGUGA